AUGACCUCCCCAGCAACUCAGACUGCCAAUGCCAUGGCGGCCAUCACCAAUCGAUCCAACGUGGUGAUACCGGAGAUCGAUUUCACUCAGCAUCAGCUGGAGAAUGGAGAUGUGGUCAGUACGACAGAGAGAGUCGUCAAAGAUGUGCAAGCCCCAGCAAUGUAUUUGCCUACAGAAGAACAGUUCUUUUCGAAAACAGAUAAGAGUAAACCAGAUAUCGCAUUUUUGAAGAACCAUUUUUACAGGGAGGGAAGAUUGACAGAAGAACAGGCUUUGUAUAUUCUUGAGAAAGGUGGAGAAAUUUUGAGGAAUGAACCUAACUUAUUGGAGGUCGAUGCCCCUAUUACUGUCUGUGGUGAUAUCCAUGGUCAAUAUUACGAUCUCAUGAAGUUGUUCGAAGUUGGGGGUAAUCCCGCUGAGACACGUUAUCUAUUCUUGGGUGAUUAUGUGGAUCGAGGGUACUUUUCCAUCGAAUGUGUGCUCUAUCUGUGGUCGCUGAAGAUGUGGUACCCCGAUACUCUCUUCCUUCUUCGAGGUAAUCACGAGUGUAGACAUUUGACAGAUUACUUCACCUUCAAACUCGAAUGCAAACACAAAUACUCGGAAACAGUCUAUAACGCGUGUAUGGAAAGCUUCUGCAACCUACCUCUGGCAGCUAUCAUGAACAAGCAGUUCCUUUGUAUUCACGGUGGCCUGUCACCUGAAUUACACACUCUGGAUGAUUUGAGAGCUAUCAACCGAUUCAGAGAACCACCUACUUCAGGAUUGAUGUGUGAUAUCUUAUGGGCAGAUCCAUUGGAAGAUUUCGGUUCGGAAAAGACAAACGACACUUUCGUGCAUAAUCACGUUAGAGGAUGUAGUUAUUUCUUCACGUAUAACGCAGCUUGUCAAUUCUUAGAGAGGAAUAAUCUUUUGUCUAUCAUUCGUGCUCAUGAAGCUCAAGACGCGGGAUAUCGAAUGUAUCGAAAGACAAAGACCACUGGUUUCCCAUCUGUCAUGACUAUCUUCUCUGCUCCAAACUAUCUCGAUGUCUACUCUAAUAAAGCUGCGGUAUUGAAGUAUGAGUCUAAUGUGAUGAACAUCCGACAAUUCAACUGCACACCUCAUCCAUAUUGGUUACCAAACUUUAUGGACGUAUUCACAUGGAGUUUGCCAUUCGUUGGAGAAAAGAUCACCGAUAUGCUCAUCGCCAUUCUAAACUGUUGCACCAAGGAGGAAUUGGAAGAAGAGGAAGAGGAGACUCCCAUGGCUAUCACUCCAGAAACACCCGAAGUCGAAGAUGUCUCGGCGGAACGACGACAAAUUAUCAAGAACAAGAUUUUGGCUGUCGGACGAAUGUCUCGAGUGUUUGCCUUGCUACGGGAGGAAUCAGAAAGGGUAUCUGAACUCAAGUCCAUCUCUGGCUCCAACGCUCUACCUGCUGGUAUGCUUGCUUCUGGAGCUGAGGGUAUCAAGGAAGCCAUUCAAGGAUUUGAGGAUGCCCGAAAGAGUGAUAUUGAAAACGAGAGAUUACCACCUGAUAUCAUUGAUCCAGAUGAAGAGAACCCCGCUUCGCCAUCUGGUACAACCCCUCACACACCCGAUGAGCCUUCUUCACCAAUAUUAGAUACUCACGGUGUCACUCCCGGCACACCAUCCCCCAUGUCCCCUCAAUCACCCGGCACCCCCGGUACACCCUCAUCACCUGGUACUGGUAUUGUCGGAGGAAUGACUUGGCGAAGGGGACAUUCCCGACAGACUUCCUUGGGAACGACCAAGACUUCGCCAUCUAAUAGACGAAGAUCACUUGAGAAUACCAUGCACCUCAUCAGGGACGUGGUUGAUGGCAAGGAUGCGAAUGGUGAUGGACAGUUGGAGAGAUUGGCGGAAGUUAUUGCUAGUCCUACCACGCCUAGUAGAGGUUAG